GUUACUGUAAGUGAUACCAUGUAUCUGAGGGGAGGGGGUAUAGGAUAUCAACAGGAGAAAGAACACAGGCAAUUACUUGGGGAUGGUGUGUUGUGAACUAAUCUGUUUGCGUCUCGUGUUAUCGCCUUCCAGUUACUGUCAAAACAGCGAUUUUUUGUGGUUCGUUGACUCGCUCACUGAUAUAAAUCCAUGUUCCUUGGACUGUACACAUGGCAUUUUCGAUCAAAAUCGUCAACAUAUUUUGCUAUCUACAUAGUUAAAUCGUGGCUUCGGUUCAACUGGUAGGGGUUUUUUUUCAUACGCGCACGACAUUGUAUUUUGGAAAGACGAGUCGCAGACGAUACACCGAGAUUAGAUUGUGUGUGUCACUGGUCCGGAUUAGCGGGUCGACUGUGGCCAUGACCCCAGAACUACCUGUCUAUCUGACUAAAACCACCUGAUUUGCUUUACCUGGAAUUUUAAUGUCGAGUAAAACCUGUGUGAAAGUGGUUGCAUAAUUCUGGCAGACCUUGUUAGCCAACAAAAUGAAGAUUCCACCAGACUUUGAGCCGGACACCUUACUAAAGAAUGGCUUGGAAUCCCCUCCCCCCAAAAGACCCCGUACAAGGAAGUGUGACCUGUAUUCGGGGCCCUCUCGAUUUAGACACGUUGAUGACCACGUUGAUAAGGUGACAGCUGUCAAUCACAAAUCAUUUCGUGGUUUGUUGUGGCACCUCCUGUUCUGCGACAAGGACAUCAAGUCCGACUUAGAAAGAGUGAGGGCCAUAUACCGGUGGACGGCCGCCACCGGAGGCGUCAAGCAGUGCUUUGAAAAUAAUCCGAGUGCAAAUACUGCGGAAGAAUACAUAACCAAGUUCCAGUCGGGCAAAAUCUCACAUGCUCAAAUUUUGCAGUUGCUAUGCAUCUUCGCCGGACUACAUUGUAAGAUAAUCACUGGAUGCGCCAAAGGGAAAACGUUCCGGCCCGGAGAUGCCUGCACUGGCGAGAGAUUCAGACAUUGCUGGAACGCCGUGUAUUUUGACGGAAACUGGUUUCUUUUAGAUGCCAAAUGGGGUGCUAUAAAUGGAAACAAUAAUACCUCCGAGUGCAGCGAGUUUUAUUUCCUGACAGACCCGGAACAGCUACAGUUCAGUCACUGGGCCGAAGAUCCAAGAUGGCAGCUGGUAGACAGACCCAUUGCCAUGAAUGAAUUUGAGAACUAUCCGUUUGUCAAGCCUCACUUUUUCAGAGUCGGGCUGAAUUUCAUAUCAAACGUUAAAUGUGUGAUAGAGACAAGGAGAGGCCAAGUAAAGUGGGAUAUAGGAGUCACCCAUCCCGCUAAAUUCAGCUAUCGUUUGGUGUCCUCCGAUACGGGAAGCGACAGAAUUGACGGAGUACUGCUGAAAAACUUCAUAUUCCAUGAAGUGCAAAAUGGAAGGGCCACUUUUGCCUUGCGCUCACCUGCUCCUGGCGAUUACUUCUUGAAAAUAUUUGCGAAAAGUUUACACGAGAGGAAUGGCCAUACGGGGUACACUCGAAUGCUGGAGGUGCUAGAAUACAGGGUUCAAAUCAGUAAGACAUGCAUUGAGGACGACCCUCUGCCGAACUGCUGGGACACAACAUGGGGACCAGGACAACGCACAGACAAGUUCUGUCUGUACCCUCUGCAGAAACGAGGGUUGAUAACUACAGACGAGAAAACAGUUGACAUUGAAAUCAACAAAACCAGACCCGUUAACAUUCUGUGUCGUCUCUGCCGCAACGGUUGGAAGGAAUCGAAAUUACAGAAAUGUAUAGAGAUCGAGGAUAAUGAUACAAAGUCCUUUUUGACUGUGACAUUACCUUACGCUGGUGAAUAUGGACUGGAAAUCUAUGGAUGUCUGCCGAGCAGGAAGACGGCUGGGUACCAUCAUGUGUGUCAAUAUCUGAUCAGCUGUUCUUGGAGGGACGAAAAUUUCACUCACGAGGACCUGGAGAAAUACCUCGAAACAACUGAAUCUGAGGAUGCGGUAUUCGAAAACAAAGAAUUGGAGAUAAAGCCAGCAAUUUAUUCCGAUAGUUGCCAAUUACCUGUCCUGAAAAUAGAUGAAUCUAGCUUGCCAGAACCCGCACCUAGACCCUUGGAUCUAAUGCAAGCGUCCCCAAGCAUUGGAUGGUCUCUAGAAUUAGAAGAUCACGUAAAAUCGGUGUGUGACAGAACAUACAGAAGUUUUGAUACUCUACUGAGGGACUUAGUCUUUUCUAGAAAUAUACAGAAUGAUACUGUUAAAGCCAGGAUUCUGUUUCAAUGGUUAGCUACGAUGAAACCACAAAACUUGACUUUUGAUUCCGUGGAUAUAGGAAGUCCCGAGGAAACGCUCCGAGGCCUUCAAACCCAAAGAACAACGUAUGCAAUGGCCUACAACACCCUCUGCAAGUAUAGUGGAUUGGUUUCCAAAAUUAUAUUUGGAGUAGCAAAAGGAAUGGACUACAAGCCAGGAAACACAUUUACUCCAGGAUCAAAUCACCACACAUGGAAUGCAGUGCUGUUGAAUGGAGUUUGGGAGCUAGUCGAUACGCGAUUUGCUAAGCGACCAGUUCUAGCGGGCGCUACAGGCGGACCUAGUAUGCAGUACGAGUUUGAUGAUCACUUCUUCAUGACGAAUCCUCAAAAAUUUAUUUACACACACUUUCCUGACGAAUCCAAAUGGCAAAUGUUGGAUCCUUUAGUUACAAUGGAGACAUUCUGUAACAUGCCUGUUAUGACACCUCACUUCUUUGCUUUAGGAAUGGAUCUUCUGAGCCACAAACUGGCAUAUGUGCACAGUACCGGAAAGUCAAUCAUCGAGCUAAAGUAUCCGAAGUCCAAACGACUCCAUCUCACAUUUAGUGUAAUUUCCGACAACGGGACCGAAGAGUAUGAAGGCGUAAAACUUGUUAGAUAUGCAAUGUUAGAAGCCAAUGCCGGAAAGGUUACAUUUAGAUUACGUUUGCCUGUUGAAGGAAAAUACACAUUUAUCGUGUAUGCAAAGGAAGAUAACCCGAAUAAAUCUGACAACGUUUUUGCGCAAGUGUGUGAAUACAUAAUUGAGCAAGAGGACGUUUUGGUACCAAAACCAUUUCCUUACCCGCCUUGCGCAUACCAAAGUUGGGGACCAGGAAUUGCUUUCUAUCAGUUCAAUUUGUUCACUGAUACGGUAUCGGCAGUCAUUAAAACUAAAAAAGGCGUUGCGAAAUUUGAAAUCAUGUCGUCAAAACCCAUGCAGUUCAGAACACGCCUUGUGCAGCAUCAAGAAACAUCGGAAUUUGAAGGCUACGUUACACAUAAAAUUCAAGGAAAUUUGACAAUGUUUACUAUAACUGCCCCAAGUCAAGGGGAAUUUGGACUGGAAAUAUAUGCUAAAGACCCAGAUACCGAGAGCAAGAAAAUGAGGCAUGUUGCGCAAUAUCUGAUCCUUUGUGAAGAGGAAAUUCACACAGUUCAGUUACCUAAGCUUCCAUCCGGAUUGCUAGGCUUACAGCCGAUGUUGGUCAAGUAUGGAGUGAGUACCAUUACCCAUUCUGACCCAGUUAUUCACACAGACACGAACUAUCUUGAGAUACGGUUUGGGACUUCACAAAACAUGAGAUUUACGACAAGUCUUUUUGAAACUGAAACACAAGCGGAAUACUCAGAAUAUGUUUUUAUUCAAUCUGAAAUGAAUGUCAUAACUCUUCUUGUAUGUCUUCCAAAAACUGGUUUCUUUACAUUUUGUGUUCAUGGCAACCUUUUGACAGACAACAGCCAGCAAAUUCCCGGACUUUUUAAUUAUCUCAUUCAUUGCAAUGAAAUGAAAGUUGACGCCAUUCCUUAUCCAAAACAAUAUGGCUUCUGGAAAGAGGGUUGUUCUAUGAUGAAGCCUUUGGCAAUUAAACCGGUCCAAGAAACAACGGUUGUUCCUUUCAAAGUCCGUAUCCCACGAGCAACAAUAGUUGCAGUGGUAGUAGAUAACGAUUGGACGCCUCUCGUUCUUCACCCCGAUAGUGGAGUGUGGGAGGGUGAUACACAUAUUGAGCCAACUUCACAAGGAGGAAUUAAAGUUGUUCUUGUUGCCAGUUUUGGGGAAGAUCAGUCCAAAUACGCAACGCUUUUGGAAUAUAAAUUAUGAAAAAUAUAUUACUUUUAGAAAACUUAAGAAGCCAUUCGCCAGAAAUAAGAAAAUGAAAAAUUACCUGACAUUAUUUCAAAUUGAUUUUACAUUGUCUAUUCUGAUAACUGGAAAGGUACUGGUAACUGUUUACUUUCAUUUUCAUGUAAUUUAAAUUCCUUUUCGACUAUUUUUGUAGUAUGAAGAAGAACGACGAAGGACGUAUUUAUCACUGUAUUCAUUAUACAUAUGUAUGUACGACUAUCCUUAUAAAAUGUGUAAAUAUUGUUGCCUGAAUAAAAAAAUACCGAUUUUA